CCUCCAACUUCUGACAAACCAACCGCCGACGAUAAGAUAACCACCUUACCGCAGCUGUACCAGCGAAGAUCUGCAGCCUUCCAUUAUCACCAACCCACCCGACAACACCUGAUCCGUCAUCGCCAUGCCCAGAUAACAGCGCAACUCACUCCUUUGCAUCCGCGCACUCGCAGCAAGAAACCAUUCAGGGGACUGCCAUCCCAUCAACCUCGAUGCCCGCCCGCCCUCGCCCACCAUGGAGUUCAUGACCGCCCUCCGGGGCUCCUUCGACGACCAGAAACCCUCCCUCUUCGAGCUCAUCUCCGAACAGCAGCUCAACUCCCUCCUUCCGCCCACCAUCCGAUACCUCCUCACCAUCGCGACCCAACGAUACCCGCGCUACCUCUUACGCGCCCUCAACUCCUUUGAUGAGCUCUACGCCCUGCUCAUGCUCCUCGUCGAGCGUCACUACCUAAAGACCCGCGGCGGCAGCUUCACCGAGAACUUUUACGGACUGAAGCGCGAGAAGGCUCUGCACGCCGAGAUCCCGCGCGCCAGCGCCUCCGCACCCGCCGUCGUCCGCGACACCCUUAAGCUCGGCACGAAAGACAUAUGGAUGAACCUUGCCGUCGCCGUCGGCGUCCCCUACCUGCAGAGGAAGCUUGACGAAGGGUACGAGGUGAACGCGCCGCGGGCGCUGCUCGGCGCCGCCUACACCCAGAUGCCGCCCAACCCGACGCUGAAGCAGCGCUUUCUGCACUACUACCGCUGGUUCCUGCGCAACAUCUACCCGAGCGUCAACGCGGCCUACUACUUUGCGCUGCUGUCGUUCAACCUAGCCUACCUGUUUGACAACAGCAAGUACCACAACCCGUUCCUGUGGCUCAUCGGCACCCGCAUGAGGAGGAUGACGGGCGCCGACUACCAGGCCAUUGACGCGCUCACGAGCGGCGGCAAGGCGAACGGAAAGCCCGGCGCACCGCCCGGGUGGAGAUCCCUCUUCUCCCCGCGCGAGAUGGGCCCGCGCCUGCUAUCCAGCUUGUCUCUGCUGCUGCCCAUGAGCAUCUUUGCGCUCAAGUUCCUCGAGUGGUGGCACGCGUCCGACUUCGCCAAGCAGCUGUCGCGCAAGGCAUCCGAGACGCUGGAUCUCCCGCCCCCUGUGGUCUCGGGCUUGGGGGCCGGCAAGGGAGGAGCUGGAAGAGCUGGCACUGCCGAGACGGGCAAGGACAAGGAGAAGGCGGUCAGCGGCGACGACGAGUCGGCGGACGCGGCCGUUCCGGCUGCUGAGACGGCGCCUAUCGCGACGCCUUCGCUGUUGCCCAUUUACACGGUGACUGCGCCCGAGGACUCGGCGUUGUGCCCCAUCUGCGAGGACCCCAUCGUUACGCCGACGGCGUGUCAGACGGGUAUCGUAUACUGCUACACGUGUAUUCACCGCUGGGUGGAGGGUUUGCAUUCGAUGCAGGAAGAUUUCAUGGGAGACAAGGAGGGCAAGUGGGAGAGCGGACAGGGGCGGUGUGCGGUCACUGGCCGACGCGUCCUGGGAGGCACGGAGGGGCUGAGGAGGAUCAUGGUGUAAGACUAGUACAGCUGUCAGAGGGCAUUUGGGUCAGUAGUCUACCGACGACGAGAAAGAGUCGGGGUGAGUGUUGAUGGGAGGGAUCGCUUAAACCUGGUGGGCAUAAGCCGAAAAAGGCCAUGGCGUUUGGGUCACGAACUUUGUCUUUUUUUGCCGCUUGUAUGCCAUAUCCACCAUAUGAAUAAUAUACCCACUCAUGAUCUAGAGC